GCACCAAGAUUCUUGAAUCCAUUCAUUUUUUGAAUCUGCUCAUUCAUGCCUCAAGCUUAACUUUGCUCCUCCUCCUCCCACCUUAUCAGUGAGCCGAUAGGGUAGAAAACUAUAUGUGUGUGUGUGUGUGUGUGUGUGUGUGGCUGGUAUAAUAGCAGAUAGAGAGAGAGGUAGAGAGCGGAGAGACCACAGCAGCUUACAAAGUGCCUGGCUGCACUCACGGCGAGCUCUGAUCACUCAGCAUCUCGUGUUGCGGCUCUCCGUUAAUCAGCCUCGCUCCUGCUCCUCCUGCUCGAACCUUUCUGCCUCCACUCUGUCACGUCUUUCUUCAGGGAACAGUUAUUUUAACUUCUUACAACACUCUAAUUUCCUCCAGAGUGGAUGAGUGGAUGAGGGAAAGCUGUGGGAUUGUUUUUGGCCGAGAGUCGCAUCAGCAGCAGAUGUUUGAAGAAAAUUGCUUUUCUUGGCAAUCUAGCGAGGUUGAAAAGGGUAAAAGAAGGAACAACGGAAAAGAUUUCUUUAUUAUUUUCUUUCUCCUUCAAGGGUUCGCACUUGUCCUCCAGAUAACAAGGGAUGACUGAGAAGAGCACACGUUGAGAUUUUAACAUCGCCGAGCCAGAUGGACAAAUAACGCCGGAAAGAAGAAAACUCAACUCCGAGAAUUAUGAAUGGAAUUAUGAACACCACAGAUCUCCAUGGAUUGAUCCAAGGUUACCACAACAGGAGUCAAACCUCAGGCAUUUUGCCCGUCAACAAAGACUUAUCGGCCAAGGAGAAGGACUCCUCGGCAGGAUGCUACGAACAGCUGCUGAUUUCCACGGAGGUUUUCCUCACCCUGGGCAUCGUCAGCCUCCUGGAGAACAUCCUGGUUGUUGCUGCUAUCGUCAAAAACAAGAACCUUCACUCGCCCAUGUACUUUUUCAUCUGUAGCCUCGCUGUCGCCGACAUGCUUGUCAGUGUCUCCAACGCCUCUGAGACUAUUGUCAUAGCGCUCAUCAACGGGGGCAACCUGACCAUCCCGGUUACGUUGAUCAAAAGUAUGGACAAUGUGUUUGACUCUAUGAUCUGUAGCUCUCUGUUGGCAUCCAUCUGCAGCUUGCUGGCCAUCGCCGUCGAUCGCUACAUCACCAUCUUCUACGCGCUGCGAUACCAUAACAUCGUGACCCUGCGAAGAGCGAUGUUGGUCAUCAGCAGCAUCUGGACGUGCUGCACCGUGUCCGGCAUCCUGUUCAUCAUCUACUCCGAGAGCACCACGGUGCUCAUCUGCCUCAUCACCAUGUUCUUCACCAUGCUGGUGCUCAUGGCGUCGCUGUACGUCCACAUGUUCCUGCUGGCUCGUUUGCACAUGAAGCGGAUCGCGGCGCUGCCGGGCAACGCGCCCAUCCACCAGCGGGCCAACAUGAAGGGCGCCAUCACCCUCACCAUCCUCCUCGGGGUGUUCGUGGUGUGCUGGGCGCCCUUCUUCCUCCACCUCAUUCUCAUGAUCACCUGCCCGAGGAACCCCUACUGCACCUGCUUCAUGUCCCACUUCAACAUGUACCUCAUCCUCAUCAUGUGCAACUCCGUCAUUGACCCCAUCAUCUACGCCUUUCGCAGCCAAGAGAUGAGAAAAACCUUCAAAGAGAUUUUCUGCUGCUCGCACGCUCUCCUGAGCUGCCUGUGAAAUGUCAGCCGCGAUUUGCGAAUGAAAUUAAACCUGUCCAACGAGGACUUUGAGGUUUUGAGCUGUAAUCUUUGUGGACUUGAUGUGACUCGGCUGUAAAUGAUUGAUGGGGGGGGGUUCGCCUGUGGUUUCAUAAGUCAGGUUUACUGAAGAGGUAGGUUUACAGACACCUUGUAAAAAAUCGCUCUGCAGACAAAACGCUUUAUUGUUUUGUAGUACACGAGUUUUACCGGCAUGUAUAUAACCGAUACACAUGCUUAAACUGUGAUUCAUCAACAAAUCCUUUUCUCUUUCUCACUCUGAACUCUUGUCCACACUUUUCUUGUUGUUCACCGUCAAAGAAACUCUCAUCUCGAAGAACUGUAUAUAUCCACGUGGAUUAUUGCAUUAAAUAUCACAGCCAUUGCAACCUGGAGCCAAAAUGCCAGAGUGCAUCGAACAAGGAGUGAAUACAGUAUGACAGACUACCUCCACCUCAUAACAGAGUAUUUUAGUACGCUGCAUGCAAAGAUACAUUUACUUUACACCAGAUAAUUUUACGAUUCAUGAAGGGAACAUCCUCCUCAAGUGUGCUUUUACCUUUUUACCAAGGCGGCAUUUUACUAUGAUAGAGGUAGAACUGUCAGCAAUCACGGGGAGGAUCUUUUCAAGCUGACUAUUUUGUAGAAAAGAGGUGUUACGUUCAAGUUCAAGUAAAAUCUGUCUGGAAAUCACAAACGACAAAAAAACACUUCACCUCUGUCUAAAAACCACUGACUGGAAUCUAAAAUGAAGGAUUAAAAGGGCACAGAAUUAAAAAUAGUAUAUGAGGUGGAGAAAUCGUGAAAAUGUCUCAGGCACAAAAGCAUUUUAUUUGCACCUAUAGACAAGCAGGGAAACAAUUCAGGGUGCCCUAGAACGUCUCUUUUGCUGUGUGUGUUCGCAGUUUUUGGCUCAUUGAUGUAAAGAUCAGGGACACCUUUGAUUUCCUCUUUGAAGCAGAGCAGCAGAAAAGAGAUUUUUAUCCAGAAAGUCACUUUAAACUUUGCAGAUUUUAUUUAAAAUAUCUAAAAAAAACAGAUGCUCACACUCGUGAUGUGCUGCUUCUCAAUCAAAGCUCUCGUGAAUUCGUGUUUCGUGUAGAUAUUUGUGUGAAUUUGCACAUGUGGUUUGUUCUCACAGCAUGUCACCUUAUAGAGAUCUAUUUUUCACCAUGUGUAUGUAACAGGAAAGGUUUACUGAAUGUAUUUUUAUGUACGUGUUGUGUGACGUGUUGCUUUCUAUCUUUGCCUUAAAUAUGUUGCACUGUGAUGUAAAGAGCAGACUUAUCCUCUGUGGCAGUAUUUCAGAAACUGAUGUAAUCAGUCUUUACAUGUAAGUAAAUGUUAUUUUCAAUAUUGCCUUAUUUAUUUACGCCUUUUUAAACUUGAAGUGCAUUUCCGAGCUUAUAAAAAUACACAAGGAAAGUGACGUGUGCUAAAAAAAGCUUCGCCCGGAGUUGCAUUCAUGUGUGCCGAUAUAAAGGUAUUUGCUUGACCACUGCAUCCUCUGUGAAUCACUGCUGCAAAGUAACUCCAAUAAAUCAUACUGCCA